GACGCCAUUACGCUAUGGACUAAUGUUCGAACGAAGGAAGAAAUGCCUCUGGGCCUUGUUACUUUUUUGGAUGGACUCCUCGGGCCGAUUCUCUAUGCCCCUGGGUCUAAAAUCGCUUUUGAUGAUAACUACAUCGACCGCAUCAGCCGUUACUACACCAUAAUGUUCCUCCUCUUCUUCAAUAUCUACGUAGUCACCGAGGAGUAUGUUGGAAAACCAAUCUACUGCUGGUGUCCCCCAGAGUUCACCGAAAACGAGGUUAAAUACACCAACGACCUCUGCUGGGUGUCAAACACUUAUUAUCUCCCCUUUGAAAUCCAAGUUCCCGCGUACUUUCAGGAAAGAAAAGACGAGUCGGACGAAAUCACUUAUUACCAAUGGGUACCAUUAGUGUUAUUCCUACAAGCUUUGAUGUUUUAUCUUCCAAGACUCGUGUGGAAAUUGUACGCAACCCGAGCAGGAAUUGAGGUGAAGAAAAUGUGUAUUUUAGCUAAAUUGAGCAUCGAUGUGUUUGCCGAAGAUCGAGAACAACGACUCCGCCAUAUUGCCUCUUAUCUCGAUGCGUACGCAGUGAAUACGAAACAUUUUCGUGGCGGAAUAUGUUCACCAGUGCGCGAAAAAUUCGCCAAGCAAAUCGGCUUUGGGUGUGGAAGACACUUCGGAAAUUUCUUCAUUACAUUGAGUAUUCUAGUCCGCUUGCUUUACUUCGCCAACGCCUUCGGACAGCUGUUCUUCUUGAAUGAAUUUCUUGGAAAUAAGUUUUAUUUAUUUGGCAUAGAAGUUGUCCAGGCUUUCCUCGCUGGUCUAGACUGGACAAUGUCUCCUCGAUUUCCAAGAAUGACCUUGUGUGAUCUAGAUCGCAGACAGCUAUCGAACGUUAAUCGAUAUACAUUGCAAUGUGUCAUUCCAAUUAACUUAUACAAUGAAAAGAUAUUUCUAUUCCUGUGGUUCUGGUUUUUAAUCAUUUCCGUUCUUAGUCUUGUGAAUUUGUGCGUGACAAUAGUAAUAGCCGCUUUACCCCACUACAAAGAGACUUUCAUGAUGAAGUACUUAAAAAUGGCAAAAAUCUAUGACGUCAAACAAAAAAGUUCACAAAGGAAAGUUUGUAGAAGGUUUCUUAAAAUAUACUUGACUCAAGAUACGGUAUUUGUGAUAAAGAGAAUCUCUGACAACACUAACACUGCUGUGACUACAGACGUUGUCAUGUAUCUUUUCUACCGGUUUUUAAAUCGAGAGAGAAAACGAACCGGAAAUGAUAAUAUUUUGAAGUUAUUUCCGCCGGAACCGGAAGAAAAAUUCAGCAAUGGCGCUGGUGGCGGUCAGAAAAUGGGUGGUGGAGGCGGUGGUGGCGGCGGGAGAAAAGGAAAAAAGAGAAAAUGAUCAGAUCGAUUAUUAUCGGGAUUAUUGGUGCAAUAUUUUCUUCACCAUUGCUGUAUCGUGUCGAUUUCAUUUUGUUCUUUAUAAGAACUAUCAUCUUUACAUGCUUAGUGCACCUAAUAAA